GGGGAGGGAGGCAGUUGAAGUGCGUCAGUGACAGUUGGUUUUCAGUGACCGCCCGGGGUAUAUGUAUGUAUGAAGCCGAGGCGGCGCAAGCGGUCAGUGCAACCACAGUCCCACUAUCCGGCUGUUCAUUUUUUUUUAGAAAGUUUCUUCUUCGUUUACCCGAGAAAGACAAUAAUCGUCAAUAAGAGGGCCCGGCGGGGUUUGAGGGCCGGGGUGCGAGUGACAGAACAAUCACAGGAAGUUAGGCUCAGGUCGGGCCGCCACCGCCGCCGUCUUCGGCGUUCAAUACCCAGUGCGUGUGUGAGGGAGUAGAGCAGCGGAGUGACCGGGGUUUGUUUCAUGGACUUGUUGGCAAAGUCUCUGCUGGUAUAAACAAGCCAGAGAAACGGGAGGUGCUGUGAGGGGAGCAGCCCGUGUGCACUCGCUGAUCACCUCUCUCUCGCUGCUGUGAUCUCUCACCCCCUCCUCCCACCUUAUCACCGGACUUUCUUUCUCCCCCCCCCCCCCCCGCCCCACUCCUACCCGUUUCCAGCGGUAACCCAAGAGCGGAAAGGCAUCGAAAUGCACCCGCUGCCUCCGCCCCGUCCUCCCCAGGUCCCGCUUGCCAGCGCGUGCGGCGGUAAGAGGACGGGCGACGGCACCGCUCACGCCAGGCCCGCGGUGAGCCGCGGCUGGAAGAUCCGCUCGUCGCCCUGCGCCACGCUGCUCCAGCGGCACCAGCAGCAGCACCGACCGCAGCACCAGGCGAGGAAGCCGCAGCCGGCCCCGGACCCUCAGAGCGGAGCCGGCAGCCUGGAGACGGGAGAAGCUCCAACAACCGCAGCAGCGACCGCCAUCUUCACACCCGGCGAGGAGAGCAAGGUGAUCAAAUCGAAAUCGAAGAUGGGAAAAUCAGAUAAAGUAAUUGUUCCACAUUCCCAAAUUGUGUACAAUGUAAAUAAAUCUGAAGAGCUCAGCCAAUCUUUAAGUAGCACCAAACCAAGAAACAAGCGCAACGCACCAUUACUCAGAGCCUCAAAGAGAAGUGAAAAUAGCCCUGGCCAGAACACCGCUUGUCUUGAACGUCGCAACAUACUCAGAAAAGAGGGGAAGAAAAACAUUAAUCCUAGAAACAAUUGCAAAACAAGUGUGAAGUUACAGGAAGCCAAUUUGAAUUCUGUAUUGAGCCCUGAAGGAGAUCAGCAUUAUGCUGGGCCAAAGUUCAGCGAGCCACCUUCCCCUAGUGUCCUACCUAAACCACCCAGUCAUUGGGUGGGGCCCCAUACUCAAUAUCCUGACGAAAGUAAGGAAAUAAUGACUGUUCACUUGAAGACUUUACUAAGAGUUAAUGCAUAAUUCAAGAACGAUUCAGUUUAGUGAAAAACCUUAUAUGGCUCAGUUCAGUUGAGGCGGUAACUAAGAACGUUUCAUUUGAGAUUCAGCAGGUUGCAGCGGAAGGUCCUGAACUUUAGACUGUUGUAAGUUUCUCAUUUCAGCUUUUUAAAAAAGCAUUGUACAGAUGGUGCUAGUAAUGAAGUGGGAUUGUGUAUAUAACUGCAAACCAUGUAAUUAUUUGUAUAGUUUUUCAUGUUCAGAGAGGGGAAUUAUAGUUUGUCAUAUGAAAGAAUUUAUGCAUUAUGCUACACCAGUUGAUGAGCACAGUUAAUGUUUUUAUUUUUGUUUAUAAAAUGGGAAAGACAAAAAAGGAAGAGAUGAAGCGUCCAUUUGCAGAGGCUACAAUCCUUUGUAAAACCUUAGCAGUUUGCAAUCUGAAGGGGAAAAUCCCUGGUCUGAGAAACUAAGUACUGUCUUUAUCUGUAUUGUUGUAGAUAAAUAUCAACAAGAUGCAAUUUGCACUCUUCAGUAUUCAAUAUGUGAGUGAUCACCAAUAGUAAUUCCCCUAACUGCUGUGUUGAAGGUAAAAACAAAUUAAUUUGACCUAAAUUCCUAAAUCAGAGUUAACUGAAGUUAUAAUGUAAAUUGUUGGAAACUCCUGAAAUUUUAAAAAGAAGCUAAUCUGUAUAUGUACCUUCUAAAUUUGAAACUUCUAAUUGAAUAUUCUAAAUUAAUUAAAUUAAACUGCUAUCUGGGAAAUGGCAAGUCAUAUCUUCUAAAAACCCAACUGACUUGUUUCAAUUUGCUACAGUAGUACUUCAGUAAGCAAGAAGUAGAUUCUGUAGGUAUGUGUAAAUUGUGGGAAGUACUUGUGCCAGCAGUCCUUUUGUGGUUGAAUCUGUAGACUUAAGAGGAAAGGUACUCGCACAGGCUGCUAGUUAACAAGUAAUUUAAACCCCAAUUCCCAUGACUGAAAGCUUCAUAAUGGACCAAAACAUGCAAACAGAAAUGGAGUGGAACCUCUUGUCACUCACUGUAAAGUUACCUAUUCUCUCUGGUUUUAAAAUACUGUAUUGUUGACUAAUUUCUGAGGAGGAAUCACAUUGCACAAACUUUAAAUAUAAUCACAGAAAAAAAUGUCAACUUGCACUUCUAAAGUUAAGGCAGCUAGCUAGUAUGUUUAGUUUUGUAAGGUUACUUUAUACCGACAUUUGUUUAAAUAUAAUUUUGUCUUCCUGAAAACUUAAAUCUGGUCUAAAUACCAUAAAAUGUAAAUGGUUAUCAAUACAAGUUAAUCUGGCUAUAUAUUGGCUUUCAAGUGCCUAUGCUGCAGUUGCUCUGCAGACUUAUGUGGUGUACAGUGUAAAUUUAUAUUGAAAGGUGAUGUGACUAAGCAUGCAUUUGCAAGCUGUCCAUUAGCUAUGUAUGGUGAUUGUAAACCUAUACAUGCAUUUCUUCUACACAGCCCUUCCUAUUCCCUCAAAAGUAACUAAAUGGCAAAGAUGAAACAAAUUGUUUACAUUAAACAUUUGAUUGGCAAAGAGUAUUUUGAAGGGUGAGAAUCAAUUGAUUAUACAUAUUGCUACAUUUAGUCCUAUGUUUGCUGUGUGGAUAACACCUAUGGCACUUAAAUCCUUUGUCACUUGUUUAUCUGUUGCAGACCGAAUUGCAAAUGCAGAGUCUUGCACUUAAAAGGCUCCUGUGACUUAAAGGCUCCUUAUACAAGUUCAAUAUUACCCUGGAAACGUAAUGUAUAAACUUACAAGCUAAAAAAAAAGGAAGUAAUUUUUUUAAUCCCCAUUUAAGUUAGCAGUUAUUUACCAAUGGCUAUUUUUAAGAUACCAUUACCUACUUACUAAUUGACCAGAUUUCUGUAUGUUAACAUGUAAAACUGAAAAAUCCCAGAAAUGCCGACUUGCAUUCCUAAAGUGAAGAUGUUUUGUUGCAACAUUUUAUUUGUAAGGUUCCUUUGCUAUACGAUUCCUACCAAUUGGCAGUUUUUCAAAAGCAAAUAAAAUAUAAUUGGCGUCCCUGA